AUGGUAGAGAGAGGGGGUCGUCUAGGGGAGCUGGUCCAGUGGACUGACCUCAGUGCGUAUCUGACCAUCCUGGGCAACAACCUGACUCUCAGCACCUCGCAGCACCACCUCCACAGGUCCACAAGGCUGUGGACAGCUACCGUGAAAACAAGGAGCCCAACCACCAAGGGGGAGGCUGAACACCCCUUGACCCUGACAGAAUUGAAGUCACUGAGAGGCUGCUUCCAUUGGUGGCUGCAGGGGCAGAAUGUUGAAAAGGGCGAAAUUGAGAAGAGGAAGAAGAGCGUGGGGAGAUAUCUAACGGAAAAAAUACAGGACAUUGUUAAGAAAGAUAAAAGAAAACAUUCUGAAGCUGUUAAGUGUUGGACUGGUGAUGGGGCUGACAUAAAGCAACAAUCAUGUGACUCUGAUGAGUUGUGUGCAACAGUUGCCUAUCAAGGAAGUCUGCUUGGGACUUUCACUCAGGACACCACCAGGUUGUGUUUGCCAUCCUUCUUCAUCAGUGAAGGAAAGCACACAUAUUCAUUCAAUGUUGGUUUUGCAAGUAUGGCUGCAUCCGUUCAUGUGUGCAAUACAGAUCGUUGCAACAGUCAAGCCAUUCCUUACCCUGAUCUGAAGAAAAACAACCUGCAGUGUUUCACCUGUUAUUAUCCAUCUUCUGCUGUGUGUGACAUGACAGUUCAGUGUGUGGGAAUGGAGGACCGCUGUAUUAGUGGGACUGUGGACGAUGACGAGGAUGGAAUAUUUCCUACCUUUGGAUGUGUCUCUGCAAACUUCUGUGAAGUUGUUUCUGUCAUGAAGCUCAUGCCUGAUCCACCUUUUAAAUUCCUCAGUGAAGCAAAAUGUUGUGGAAGCAGUUUCUGUAACUCAGCCUGGUCUGUCAAACUGAAUGUGAUCCCUUUGCUGUUGGGACUCAUUACUCUUAUUGUCUGUUAGAACAAAGAGAAACUAACAAUAGCAAAAGUACAUGUGUAGUGUGUGUGAAUAAGCCAACUACGUCUUAUCUUCUUACUCAUUUACACAGUGAGAUGUCUUCAACUAUGUAAAUAAUUAUUUUAACCAUAACUGCAGCAUCCCAGUAAAAAAAAGUUAGCUAAUGAUAAUCCUGCCUGGUUUGUGGACAGUAACAAAUACGUCUAUUUACAAAAUGAUAACUUCUUUACUAGAGUUAUUUGAAGUAACUCAAAACAGUGGUGUUGUUACUUUAUAUGUAGUAGAUAAUUAUUUAGAAGUAAAAGUACCCAUCAAAAUAUGUGCUUACAGUGCAGAUGAAGAAAGUAUCUAAUUAGUGAAGACUACUUGAGUAGUGAGUAACUUGAUGAAAACUCCUAAUUCAUGAGUAUAUUGGUUCAGUUCUUGGUCCAUUUCUGUUCUCUGCUGCAUCAUUUCUUGCUUUGAUAUCAUUUAUCAGUGUUAUGCUAACGAGACAGCUGCAU